AAGAGGACAAAUAAAAGGGCCAAAGAGGCAGAGAAAAUCAAAAAGCAGAAAGACAAGAGGGUCUGUGGCAGAAAGAGAGAGAGAGGAGCGAGUGAUGUCAUCAUUUGUGCUGGGCUGUGCUCUCUCCUCCCCUCUGUCUUGCGUCAUUGCACACACACACACUUACCAGGGGCAGAGACGAAGACAGAAGAACACACACCCACAUUCAGCAUCCUUUCAGUAGCAGCUUAGCAUCAGUAUCCAGGAUUGUCCAACACACUGUCAGCAUGGCUGAAGGUUCGGGUGAAGUAUCUCUGGCAGAUCUUGAGAUGGCAUUUCGUAAAUUUGCAGUUCAUGGAGACACCAAAGCGACGGGGAAGGAGAUGAACGGGAAAAACUUUGUUAAGCUGUGUAAGGACUGCAAGGUCAUCGAUGGUAAAUCUGUCACCAGCACAGAUGUGGAUAUCAUCUUUAGCAAAGUCAAGGCUAAAUCGGCACGAGUAAUUACAUUUGAGCAGUUCACUCAAGCCAUGGCUGAGUUGGCUACAAAACGUUUUAAAGGGAAGAGCCAGGAAGAGGCAGUACAGCUUCUCUACGGUCUCAUUGCUGGCAAAGAACCCGCCAACGCUGGUGUCACUAAAGUGGCAAAAGCCUCUGCUGUAGACAGGUUAACAGACACCAGCAAGUACACUGGUUCUCAUAAGGAGCGCUUUGAUGAUUCAGGAAAGGGAAGAGGCCGUUCAGGGAGGGAAGAUGUCCCUGAUUCCAGUGGAUACGUUUCAGCAUACAAAGGCCAUGGCUCCUACGACAGCAAAGUAAAAGAAGACGAAUGAGAGGAAGGGA